AUGGUGGCCCGUCAUCGAGACUUAGUUCUCGAUCACAUGCUGGGCCUCAUGGCAGCAGCCUCAAGCAUAAUACCACUCGGCCUACUUCACAUGAGGCUGCUCCAGUGGUGGCUCAAGACCAAGGGUUUCUCCUCCAGACGAAAUCCGUUCCGCGUAAUUCGGGUUUCAUCCCAUUGUAUUGGAGCGCUAAGGGUAUGGAAGAAGCCCGGGUUCCUGUCCCAAGGCCCUGUUCUGGGUGCCAUGUGCCACCAUGUGACACUGACAACAGACGCCUCACGAACAGGAUGGGGAGCGAUCAACAGGAGUCGCUCCGAACAGGACCUAUGGAAGAAACAUCAGCACAACUGGCACAUGACUGCUCUCGAAAUGAUGGCAGUCUGUGCCUCUCCUGGACGGACAGCCUCUCCAGCUGCCGAUCAGGAGGGAUCUAUUGUCCCAAGCUCUCGGAUCAAUUCUCCAUCCAAGACCCAAGCUGUGAAAUCUAUGGUCCGGGCGCACUCCACCAGGGGUAUGGCAGCCUCCAAGGCUCUGGCUGCGGGGUCAACACCUCAAAAGGUCUGCGAUGCCGCCGGGUGGUCCACCCCGCACACAUUUGUUAAAUUCUACGCCGUCAACCUCGACCUGACUCCGUUCUCUCAGCCCUCAUCAGCAGUGGAAGUAUUCAUUCCAGAAUUGUUUAAAAAAUGUGUUGAGGAUGAGACCAAAGAUGAGUACAGGUUUCUGUGCCCUCGUGCUGGUCAGUUUAUGUGCAAAGUGACCAAGCUUAUGUUUGAGAUGGAAGGGGAAGGGGAAGUGCUGUACAGAAUAGUGUCCUGGGACAGCUGUCCGCUGGAUGGAUUGGGCCAAAAGGAGCCUGCAGGACCUCUGUACAGUAUUAACUGCCAAAAAGGUUCAAUCAGGAAACUACAUCUUCCACAUUGUGAGACCCGUAAAGAUGAUGGGAAACUGACCGUGGCACAUGUGACUGGUGGUAAUGUGGAGAUCAUUCAGCCACUACAAGUAACAGACACACAUGUUAUCAUAGCUGUUCACAAUCUCUCCCGCUUCGGUCUCUUAAUGAUAUUCGGAGAUUAUCCUAUUAAAGCCCAGGUUCUAGUGUUCGAUAUGAAUUUGAAAGGCAAGCACAGGAAAAAUAAACUGCACAUGCACCUUUUGCCAGGGAAUGUGCCAGCUGAAGAGGUGAAAAAGCAAGAGUGCAACAUGAGCAUGAGUGCUAGUUGCCAGCCAAACAUUGCAUCAAGAGCUACAUGUGAUCUGACUCCUGGUAAAGAAUACCGGCCUGUAUCUAAAAAUACUCACCAUGAAAUUACAAUCCAACCAGAGUUUAAGAAGUUUGAGCGUGACUAUGGCCCCAACUAUCACCCAACAUUUGAGGAGGAGCUGGUAUAA